CUCAGCAGGAGGUGGAUAGGGGGGGCGAGCAAACAGCGCAGCGACACACAAAAGCACACGACGACGACGACGGACGGGUCGAAUGAGUUGAAAAUUUUCGCGAAACGAAAAGUUAAAAAUAAAUGUUUACUGUGCAUGGUUCAAAUACAUAGUAUAUAUAAUUUUUAUAGUACUUAAAUAUUAUUGUGCAUUGUGUUUAUGGUUUUCUCUUUACACACUGCCAGUUCGCCUUUAAUUUUGCUAUUAAAUUUAAACAUUUGAUAGCCUACAAGCUUGUGUUAGUGCGGGCUGCCAAUGCAAGACGUAAGAGGGGAAAGAAGUGUGUGCGAUUUAUACCUUAUGCCUGUUUCUAUUCAUUUCAUUUUCGGACGACAAACGCGAAUGCUCCUUUGCAUUCUACACAUGUGUACAUAGGAAUCUCUAACUUUAAAUAUAGUGUGAAAAAGAAAAAACCAAACCAAUCGAAACGAAGUGCUGAAAGCUCAGCCGAAAGUUCAUUGAAAUAAAGUAAAAUCGAAUUCAUCGGCAGAACGGUAGAACGUGCGCCUAAAAAAGGAACGGCACCUACCGAGUGGACGUGAAGACGUCGUCGCUGCUGCUGCCGCUGCCGCUGCUGCUGCUGCUGGUGGUGACCCUUCCGUUGUCGCUGCCUUUCUGCUGUUGCUGCUAAAUAAUGAGUCGUCAUGAAGGUGUCAGCUGCGAUUCAUGUCUAAAAAGUAACUUCACUGGACGUCGCUAUAAGUGUUUAAUUUGUUAUGAUUAUGAUCUGUGCGCCGAUUGCUAUGAGGAUGGCGUCACCUCUACUCGCCAUCUGGUUGAGCAUCCAAUGCAGUGCAUACUUACCCGUUCCGAUAUUGAGUUAUAUUUUGGCGGUGAGAUGUUAACAACGGAUCAGCCGCAAUCCUUUACGUGUCCUUAUUGCAAAAAAAUGGGCUUCAGUGAUGCGACACUGUUAGAACAUGUCUCYGCCGAGCAUACCGAGACCAGUUUGGAGGUCGUUUGUCCCGUUUGCGCCGGGUUGCCUGGCGGUGAGCCGAAUCUAGUCACAGAUGAUUUUGCUGGUCAUCUAACAUUGGAGCAUCGGCAAGGACCACGAGAGUUAAUAUCCUUUUUGGACGAGCCCUCGGCCAUACGCCAUGGCGGUGGAGUGCGUCGCAUACCAGGACGGACCUUGGGCGGGCCUCGCACCCGUCGCUCCAAUAUGCACUUUAGCUCAUCGAGCGGACUGUCGGCAUUAUCGCCAUCGGGUCGCGAAUCUGUCGAUCCCAUUGCGGAGCUCCUCUCUCAACUAUCCGGUGUUAGACGUGGCGUUCCACCAACAUCGCAAUUGCAACAAUUGCAGAUGCAAAUGCAAAUGGAUCGGCAACAGUUGACGGCAUCGCGCCAAAUUGAUCGACUGCCAAGACGCACGCAUCCCAUAGUCUCAACAUCGAAUUCGAAUGCCACCAUGGCCGAGGUGAUCAGCGGCGGCGGCGGCAACAGCGGUGCAGUUGGCAGUGGUGGCAUGAGUGCCAGUGGUGUGAGCGCACCGUCUAAUCUGCGCACCACAGAUUGGCCGGUGGGCGCGACCUUCUCAUCGACCAGCAGCCAUCAGCAGACGCAGUCGAGCAGCCUGGCCGCCAACACACUCAACGCCAGAGAAGCGGUCGGCAACAAUUGCAUUGGCAGCGGCAGCGGCAGUAGCAAUGCGCUGGGCAUAAGCGUCGGCACUGGUGGCUCAUCGAUAGCCAAUGGCGGGGGCAACUCCAACGUUAUGUCUGGCCARGCUGGCGGCCAAGCUGCAGCUGGCGAGACAUCGCAAUCCCAGUACUUGCUGGCCAAAUUUAUGCAGCCCACGCUAACGGAUGCCGAGUGGGCGGAAAUUGAGCGCAAGCGCGCCGAUCGCUCCAUGUUUGUGCAGUCGAUGCUGCUAUCGUUGUUAUGCACUGAAGAGCUAGACUUGAAUGUGCCCAAUGAGGAUGGUGACUGUUUGGCUAAGAGUGAUAAUGUAAAUAAGGAACAGAAUGGCAGCGACAGCGACAACAAGCAGCAGCAGCAACAACAGCAGGAGGAACAGGAAACGCUGCUCAAUAACAAUGCAGAUGAGCAGCAGCAGCAGCAACAACAGCAACGCGCUGUGGUACGACAGGUGAAUCAAAUGCAACAGACCUCGCCAGAGGACUUCUUAUGCGAUGAAUAUCGCUACAAAAGCAAGAAAGCCAAUAACACAACAGCAACAACACAAACGAGCGGCACUGCUGCAACAGGAGGAUGCGGAGGAGCAGGCGUCGUUGGUGCUGGCGGUGCUGGCAGUGCAGCAGCCGCUGCAGUUGGCAGCCGGCCAACAGCAGCUGAUCGAGGUGGCCUCGAAAGACGCAGCCGGGCACAGCAAGCGGAGACUGCCACGGGCUCACAGCAGCAGUUGCAGCAACAGCAACAAAAAUACAAACAGAACGCGAAUGCGGCGGCAAACACAAAUCAAAUACCCGAUACUAGGUAGUGUCUCACAACCAUAACAGCAAAAACAUGUUGUAGCUGCUGCAGACUAAGUAACAACAGCAAUACGC